CUCCUCUCAAGUCAUAGCACAAGUGUAUACAUAUUCCUCUUUUGAAAAUGGCGCCCAUUCAGAUGGAAAAGUCCUACGACGUGACAGUCUCCUCCACGCCCGCGGAAAAGUGCUCGCGGCAGGCAAGGUCAAGCAGCAGGGCGUGGGGUGUGUUCCUUCCCAUCAGUCGCAGAGGAAGCUUCUUCCAAGACGCGUUUUUUCUCGGACACACACAAGGACUUUGACUCCUCCGUCAGGGAGGUGUUGGCCAGAUGGAGUGGCGACGAUUUCCAAGCGAAAGACUUCCGCCGGGAGGAUAUUAUGGACCGAUACAGACAGCUUCGAUCUCUCAACCUCAAGGAAGAGAACCAGGCUGUCACAGUCACAUCUGACAAUACAUGUCACAAGAUUGUGCUGGACGUGCAUGACUUUCUGGAAGGAGAUGUGAGAGUGAAGGUGUUGGACGAGGAGGAGCUGUUGGUGGAAGGACACGUGGAGAGGAAGGAGGAAGGAAGCCUGUCCGUCUCGUCACACUCCUUCAGACGCUACUUCUCUUUGCCUCGACACACAGACAUGGCAGCGAUCACGUCCGUCUUGUCCACAGAUGGAAUCCUCACAAUCACUGCGCCAAAAAUGAAAUCGGAAACUACAAAGGAAAAUAUCAUCACUCAGACUUCCACUUUGAAUAACUGUGAGAAAGUCAGCCAAACUCGAACACAAAUGGCAUCAAACGACGAAUCGGAAACUACACAGUCAAGUCUUAGCACAGACUUAGAACACUCGUCUUCUGCACGAAAAGAAACCUGUUCAUGCCAUUUUGGACCAAAGGAACAGCUGAUUCCUAGACUUCACCGCGGUUCGAGGGACACUCUCUUGCCCAUCACUCGAAGGGGAGACUUCUUCCAGGACUCAUUCUUCUCCGGUAUACACCGCAAUUUCGACGCCUCCAUCAGGAAGGUCCUCAACGGCUGGAAUGACGCCGACCUCCAGCUGGCGGACUUCUGGGACGAGACGACUUCCACCGCAGCGACAGACUGGGCCGCUACAGACAGCUGCGAUCGCGGAACCUGUGGAGUGACAACCAGGCCGUUACAGUCACUUCGGAUAUAUUAG